AGCACAUGAGCAUGCAGCCAGUCAGUUGUAGCAGUCCUCACGAGUACGGCAGAACAUGCGCACACACACCCAUCUCUGCAGCAGCGGGAGGAGGAGUCAGUGGCGUUAGGAUGCUGUCAGGUUGCCGUGGUUUCAGACUCCCAUUUCUUGUGGUAACAAUCGGCAGAGAUGUGUGUGUGUGUGAGCGAGUGAAGACUGAGAGUGUGUGUGUGUGUGUGAGAGAGAGAGAGCGUGUGUUUUAUCACUGUGAGGACGUCUGCAGCCACAAGCAACGCCAGGAGGACACCAUCGCUGACCGAGGGACGGACCAGGAGACGCUGAGGAGGAGACGCUGUUGGGGAGACGCUGAAGGAGGAGACACUGAAGAGGAGACACUGAGGAGGAGACGCUGAGGAGGAGACGCUGAGGAGGAGACACUGAAGAGGAGACACUGAGGAGGAGACACUGAAGGAGGAGACACUGUUGGGGAGACGCUGAAGGAGGAGACGCUGAGGAGGAGACGCUGAGGAGGAGACGCUGAGGAGGAGACGCUGAGGAGGAGACACUGAAGAGGAGACACUGAAGAGGAGACACUGUUGAGGAGAUACUGAAGGAGAAGACACUGAGGAGGAGACACUGAGGAGUAGACACUGAAGGAGGAGACACUGUUGAGGAGAUACUGAAGGAGAAGACACUGAGGAGGAGACACUGAGGAGUAGACACUGAAGGAGGAGACACUGUUGGGGAGACGCUGAGGGAGGAGACGCUGAGGAGGAGACACUGAGGAGGAGACGCUGAAGGAGGAGACGCUGUUGGGGAGACGCUGAGGAGGAGACACUGAAGAGGAGACACUGAAGGAGAAGACACUGAGGAGGAGACACUGAGGAGGAGACACUGAAGGAGAAGACACUGAGGAGGAGACACUGAGGGGGAGACGCUGAAGGAGGAGACACUGAAGGAGAAGACACUGAGGAGGAGACACUGAGGAGGAGACACUGAAGGAGGAGACACUGAAGAGGAGACACUGAAGGAGGAGACACUGAAGGAGGAGACACUGAAGGAAGAGACACUGUUGAGGAGAUACUGAAGAGGAGACGCUGAAGAGGAGAAGAUACUGAAGGAGAAGAUACUGAAGGAGGAGACACUGAGGAGGAGACGCUGAGGAGGAGAUGCUGAGGAGAAGACACUGUUGAGGAGAUACUGAAGUUGAGACACUGAAGAAAAGACGCUGAAGGAGAAGACAAUGAAAGAGGAGACCUUGAAGAGGAGACACUCAAGGAGGAGACACUGAGGAGGAGACACUGAAGGAGGAGACACUGAAGAAGAGACACUGAAGGAGGAGACGCUGAAGAAGAGACACUGAAGGAGGAGACGCUGAGGAGGAGACACUGAAGGAGGAGACACUGAAGGAGGAGACGCUGAAGAAGAGACACUGAAGGAGGAGACGCUGAGGAGGAGACACUGAAGGAGGAGACACUGAAGGAGGAGACACUGAAGAAGAGACACUGAAGGAGGAAACGCUGAGGAGGAGAUGCUGAGGAGAAGACACUGUUGAGGAGAUACUGAAGUUGAGACACUGAAGAAAAGACGCUGAAGGAGAAGACAAUGAAAGAGGAGACCUUGAAGAGGAGACACUCAAGGAGGAGACACUGAAGGAGGAGACGCUGAAUGAGAAGAUACUGAAGGAGGAGACACUGAGGAGGAGACACUGAAGGAGGAGACACUGAAGGAGGAGACGCUGAAGAAGAGACACUGAAGGAGGAGACGCUGAAGAAGAGACACUGAAGGAGGAGACACUGAGGAGGCAGGUGACAUGGUGGGAGGACAUGAACAGGAUGAAAGGAAACAAGUGAUGGGCAGAAGGAGACAUUGAAGGAGGGAUGGAGGCGGUCUGAGGAGUCCCAGGUCCACAGCAUCGGGCGGAGGGUGAUGGGGUGCAGGAUUCGGCGUGAGGUUGCUGCUUGAAGGUCAUGUGACCUAAGACGCAGAAGUGGCUUCAGGUGAUGACCUCAGCAGGUCAUGUGACCCUCAUAGGUCUUCGCCAUGACGUCGCAGGAGGAGUCCUCGUCCUUCAGCGGGUUCUUCCAGUACGUGGAGGACAGCGGCCUUCGCACCUACGACGGUUUGGUCAUCCAGAAUGCGUCGGACAUUUCCCGGGAGAGCGACCGCAUCCGCAACCACACCAACUGGACCUACCUGCAGGAGAAGCACCACAAGAAGAAGAGACAGGAAGAAGCCAUCAGGAGGUAGACGGCGGAUGCCGGGGGCGGGGCUUCUCAGGGUGCAGGCCACAUCUGAGCUCUGAUGUCACAUUUGGCAGGAUGGAGGACGACGUGGCCCGGGCCACAGACGCUGCAUACUCGAGGAAGCACUUCAGAAUGGGCUUCAUGACCAUGCCAGCGCCGCAGGACCGGCUGCCCCCGCCGGGUCAGGGCUUCAGCGUCAGGUCUCAGUCCCUGCAUUCAGUGGGAGACAGCGGCGAAGAAGAAGAUUCUCUCCAGAACCGCAAGCAACCUCCACCCAAACCCAGGAGAGACCCAAACACCAAACUCAGCAUCAGCGCUGAGGCGGUGGGGGGGGUCUCUGCGAGGACACUGGAGCAAGCCGAAGCUCGAGCUGGCGAGGACUGCCGGAAGUUACCGCCCCCCAAACCCAAGAGGAACCCCAACACCCAGCUCAGCGCCUCAUUUGACGACUCGUUCGUCUGUAACCAUGGCGGCAAGAAGCCCACCCAGCCCGGGGACGCGGACGAACCGGUCUACAUCGAGAUGGUGGGGAACAUCCUGCGGGAGCUGAGGGCCCAGCAGGACUUGCUGGACGAGGAGCAGAGCGAGUCGGUGUACGAGGAGAUGAAGUACCCGCUACUGGAGGACUUUCUCCAGGAGCCUCGGCUGGAGCUGUCCGGGCAAAGCAGUGGCUCUCUGUGUGACGUCCCAGCGCCGUUCCCCAACCUCCUGACCCCGCGCCCACCUCUGCUGCUCUUACCUCCCGCACCUGCUCAGUGUUCCCCCAACUCAGACGAGUCGCCGCUCACGCCUCUCGACCUCACCCAGCUGCCCGUCAUCGACGACGUCUGCCUCACCAAGUCGGGUGCUGGCGACACGGCGCAGGUUUCUUCACAUCGCAAAGACAGGGAGCGGACGCGAGACACAUCCGCCACUCGCACCGUCACCGCCUCCGGACGCUCCUCCGCUCCACCCCUGUCCUCCAGCCUCUACAAGUCCUCCGGCUCCGCCCACAGCGGACACGGUUACCCACGCAGCCAGUCGGCAUGUCCGUCUCCGGUCAGCAUGGGCCGCUGCCUCACGCCCUUGAGCCUAAAAAGGCCGCCGCCCUACGACGUCCUUGUGGGCGGCGGGAGCAUGCCUCGCUCCUCCUCCUCGUCCCAGCGAGUCCAGGAGGGCGGAGCCAGGCUCUCCGGUUCCACGUCCUCGCAUGGAUCCAUGCAAAACAUUGGCGCACGGCCUCAGACGCCGACAAGUCCGCUGGAAGAUCUCAACAGCUUCUUCAGCUCCGGUCGAGCAGCGAAGAAGAAAGGAAGCGACGGGAGGAGGAGGAGUCGGGACGGCGACGAGUGCAGGCGUCCCAUCCGGCCAGACAGGGAGGCUCCGUGCAGCCCGGCGUCCAGCAGGCGGGGGCGCUCCUCAGUCAGUCCCACCAUGAUGGCGGUCGGCUCGGAGAGCAAGGCCGGGGUCAGACUGGGUCGCUCCGCCUCCACUUCAGGCGUCCCGGCGCCAGGAGCCCCGCUGCAGUGCCAGCCCCAGGACCAUCCUGUCCUCAGCCAGAUGCCGUGGCUGUGUGGCGACGCCACCAUGAUGGAAAUCAUCGAGAGGAAGCGGGUUCUGUGUCGCGAGAUCAAGGCCCGCCAGCGGCCCGACAAGAACCUGUGCAAGCAGGAGAGCAUGCCCAUCCUGCCCAGCUGGAGGAGGAGGAGGCAGCCCCCGCCGUACUCCGCCCCGCCCACCGCCGCCGGCAAGUCGACGGUCUUCUGGGACACCGCCAUCUGAGCGGGGGUCAAGACUCCUCGCGGCGCCUUCAGAACGGUAAUGGUGGGGUCAGAGCGCAGGGAGGCGUGGCCUCGUAGCACACUUCUUUUCUGUCGGAGACUUUGUGGAGUAAAGUGCGGAGCUGGACCGUAACUUUGUCUUUUGUAUGGUUUGGAAAACAAGGACGUUCCUUUCCGACAGAUUCUAUUUUGCAUCGAGUCUAUUUUGGCAUGUCGCCGUUGUGGAAAUCGACAUGAUGUCACGUGACUGUCGCCUCAGGAGUCAUGUGACCAGCUGAGAGCCAGACUGGCUUCCCCUCCGCUGGUGUCAUGGCGUCGCACACGCCGAGCACGCGCUCAGCCUCGCUUCAGUCAUGUGACCUGUUAGUGCUGCGGCGCGUGUGAGCGUCCACGUGGCGGCGCCGUGUGUCUGCACCGACCGGAGAAAUGUGACCUUUGUGUGUGUGUCGCUAUGGAAACCAAGGGAAAUAAAGACCUUUCGACUAGUCACAUGACACAUGUC